CGGACGGAACGGAAAGGCGGCAAACUAGUUUAUUCAGCCGAACCGCACGGCGGUCGACGCGACAAACAAACCGUAGAUGCUGUACGCGUUGUAUCGCAAACGGGUAUCCACCGGCUUUUUCCGGAUUUCAGUGUCGUGAAUUAAUUUACAAUAAAAUACAAUUUCAAACGGACAACUCAAAAUACUGUGAAACCCGUAAAAAGUUAUUGACCGCAUUUAUACCGUUUUUACCGUCUACCAAAGUUUACUAACCUUUGAUACCUACUAUAACGUUAUACCGUCGACCGAACAGACAGCCGUCGCGACACCAUGACCGUACAAACGGCCGACGAACCGGUGCCGUCCAUGGGCCGAGUCAAAAGCACCGUGUCAUUUGCAGCGAUGAUUGACGACGACGACGACGACGGCAACGGCAGCAGCACCGAAGAGGAAGAGAACGGCGUGGCCGACGACGGCACCGGCAGGAACAGAAUGUUCAGCAUGUCGAUGGACCGGCCAAUCACCAGGAUUCCUACCCGGGCCGAGAUGAAGACUUUAACGCACAAGGCAAAACGGCCGGCCGUCGACAUCGAAUUCCACGACUUGACCUAUUCCGUGGACACUACAGCAGGAGAACGGGCAAUACUAAAGGGCGUGAAUGGCUUCUUCCGCUCGGGGCACCUUACAGCCAUCAUGGGUCCUUCUGGCGCUGGAAAGAGCUCGCUGAUGAAUAUCCUCGCCGGUUACGUACGGUCAAAUAUCAAAGGACAGAUUUUAACAAACGGCCACCCGAGAAAUAUGCAUCUAUUUAAAAAACUCUCCUCUUACAUCAUGCAAGAAGAUCUACUGCAACCCAGAUUAACCGUUUUAGAAUCUCUGAGAUAUGCGGCAAGGUUAAAGAUUGGGGAGGAGUUGUCCGAUGAAGAUAAAAACAAAGCGGUCGACGAGGUGCUGGAACUGUUGGGGGUGUCGGUGUGCCAAAACACAUUUGUGGAAAAGUUGUCAGGAGGUCAGCGCAAGCGGCUGUCCGUAGCCUUGGAACUGGUGAACAAUCCGCCGGUUAUUUUUUUGGACGAGCCAACCACGGGCUUGGACAUUGUAGCGAUAAAACAAUGCGUCACGCUACUAGUGGAACUCGCCAAACAAGGAAGGACCGUGGUGUGCACGAUACAUCAGCCAAGUUCAUCAUUAUUCCAUAUGUUUGACCACGUGUACAUGUUAGCCAGGGGUUCGUGCAUUUACAACGGAACGCCCAGGCAACUCGUUCCGUUCCUCGCCCAGAUCGGCCACGUGUGCAAACCCACGCACAACCCGGCCGAUUUCGUAUUUGAAGUGUUGGACAACGACACAAUUGUCGAUUUGAAUAGGGAAAUUCAAAAUGGAAAAAUUAUACUCUGUGAUGACAUCAACGAUAUGGAAACAAAAUCACCUACUUCAAAACUCUGUCGCAACGAAACGCUGGCAUUAUUGCCUCCUGUGUUUGAUAAUUUAGAGACUGCCGACAAAAAAUGUUCUGGACAUUCAUCAUCGUUUUGUACACAAUUUACCAUAUUAUUAGAUAGGAGAACCAAACAAAUUGCAAGAAAUUCUGUAGGGUUAUAUAUAUCAUUUUUUCAUCAUGCAAUCUCUGCAUUGCUACUUGGAAGUAUUUACUGUGGUAUUGGAGUAGAUGGCGGUAGACCGUUUGAAAACUUCAAAUUUUGCAUCAGUGUAAUCGUAUUCUUUAUUUACACUCAUGUUAUGGGACCCGUUCUCACUUUUCCUACCGAAAUUAAAUUGUUGCGGCGUGAAUACUUCAACCAUUGGUACGGGCUCAAGUCCUAUUAUCUAGCAUUGACUAUAACGUCUCUACCUAGCAUGUUCCUAUUCGGAGGACUGUUUUUAGGAAUCGUAUACUUUAUGACGUCGCAACCACUGGAGAUCAUAAGAAUAAGUCAGUUUGUGGCCGUAGGACUGUUUACGGGUUACAUAUCGGAAGGACUGGGCAUAUUAAUAGGGUCUUCGGUCGACAACGCGACCGGCGCCAUAUUAACUCCGGCCCUGCUAGCGCCCAUGUUGGCGCUAGCCGUUUACGGUAUGGGAUACGGCCAGGUAAUCGAACCUAUCAUGGAGUCGCUGAUGGCCACGAGUUUCCUGAGGUACGCUUUGGUCGCCAUAUCGGCAUCGCUUUACGGCAAUGGGCGCGCCGAAAUGUCUUGUCUCAAAGACGACUUGUACUGUCACUACAAGGACCCGGAACUGCUGCUGAGGGAUUUGGGAAUGAGCCACAGAUCGAUAACCGUCCAGUUCAUCGGGCUUGCCAUAUUCGGACUCGUGUUCAGAGUAGGAGCUUAUUACGUGAUCAAAAUUCGAUUGCUCAACAAACCGCUCAAGAAUUUGCCGUUGUACUUCAAAAAGCUCAUAAGGAGAUAAUAAUAAUUAUUCGAAUAACGCAUUCCAUCGUCCAACGUAAAACAAACGCCACGUCUGGGAAACGCUCAACGAAUGAGUUUGUCCUUGUGGCAGGAACUGUGAAACGCCACGACAGUUCCGAGAUUUUAAUUAGUUUUUUUAAAAAAAAAAAAAGAAGAAAGAUCUUCAAAGUGAAAUGUUUGAAAUAAAUAUCAACAACUUAUUAUUUUUUAUUACCAUUGUUAUAUAAUCUGUGUAUCGCCGUUACGAGAUGUACGACAUAAAUUAUUUUUUAUUUUAAUAUUUAUAUUGUGCGUAAUUGUUAUUAUUGUAAAUUAUUUUUGUAUUUAUUUUCCAUGUUCAAAUAAUUAUUGUAGUUCGCCAUGAACAGUUUGUGCUCCUAAAACAAUUAUCAUUUGACCGUUAAUUAUUAUGCAUUACUACAAUAACAAUACUACACCAGUAUUAAGUGUAUAAAGUUGUGUACAAACCUCCUGUUUCUUUUUUAACGCUUCGUCUACAACUGGAUCCACGUAAUUCGGAUUAUUCAACGGAUCUUCGACAACAGACCCGGAAUGACGUUCAGCGUCCAGUGGAGCCUAAAUAUAUAAUAUUAAUUACCACAAAAACAAAUGGUUUGUGCCUUAAUUCUAUUCAAAUAUUGUUUUUAAUUGUUUUUUUUUUUAGUUAUACAGCUCUGUAAUCACAUUAUUAUAUU